CGGCGCGUGCGUCCGUCGGUCGGCGGGGCAGUCUGUCCGCGCGCGGAAAGCCCAGCGCCCCGGCGUGCGGCGGCCGCCGGGCCUGGGAGGGAAAGGGCGCGGAGGCGGGACCGCGGCUCCCUCCCACUCCGGGGGGAGCCCAGGAGGCGGCGGUGCUGAAGCGCCAGCGGAGAAGGAGGCAGCACAGCGGAGAAGGCGGUCGCGAGCACGAGUGGGGUGGGGCGUGCCCACGGGCCCCCGCCCCCCUCGUCCCCCCCGCCCAGCUCCGGAGCCGCAGCCGGGCCGGCGGGCCAGGGGUACGCGGCGCACCCUCCCCGGUGCGUUCUUCAGCCACCCAGGCCUACCAGGACGCCGUGUGGAGCAGGAACCGGGGGGAACUGGGACGCCCCCUUCAGCAGGAGCCGUCGGAGGGGCGGACCCGAGACCAGGCGAGGAGCCCCACUGGAGCCAGGCGCAGGGUCUGGGACGCAGUUGGAAGCGCAGAGGGCCGACCGGGCGCCGCAGAGCCAGCAGCAGGCUGGCCCGGCCCUCCUGGGUGACAGGCCCUGCGUGGCCGGCUGGGAAGAAGUGACUGGAGACCAGCAGAGAAGAGACUGGACCUAGAGUAGGGGCGGCUGCCUCACUCCCUUUCUGAGCCGAGGGAGCCAAGGAAUUUAGAGCAGCGUUUCCCCAUCACAAAAAAGACACUUGCUUUCCAGAGCAGCGCCUUUAUCUGAGACAGCGCUGGGGGAAGGGGUCCUUGGAGCCUGGAGCUGCACCUCACACUCCUUUCACUGAGGCCUCGGGGCCUCAGAAAGGACCCCGAGUUAGAAAGGAGGCCGGUUGGCUCUUGCUGCCCCCCUCCCUGGGGAGAGAGGAAGUUCCCUGCCUGCCCCCAGGCCCAGGAGGAGCUGGGCCGGUCCUAGUGGGGUCCUGGCCCCUGAGGCUGCAGCAGCGGCCAUGUCAAGGCCAGGCCAGGGUGUGAUGAUGCCCGGGAGCGGGCUGGGCUUCCCACCGCAGAAUGUGGCCCGGGUGGUGGUGUGGGAGUGGCUAAAUGAGCACAGCCGCUGGCGGCCUUACACGGCCACCGUGUGCCACCACAUCGAGAAUGUGCUCAAGGAGGACGCCCGCGGUUCCGUGGUCCUGGGGCAGGUGGAUGCCCAGCUGGUGCCCUACGUCAUCGACCUGCAGUCCAUGCACCAGUUUCGCCAGGAUACAGGCACCAUGCGGCCCGUGCGGCGCAACUUCUACGACCCGUCGUCGGCGCCGGGCAAGGGCAUCGUGUGGGAGUGGGAGAACGACGGCGGCGCGUGGACGGCCUACGACAUGGACAUCUGCAUCACCAUCCAGAAUGCCUACGAGAAGCAGCACCCGUGGCUCGACCUCUCGUCGCUCGGCUUCUGCUACCUCAUCUACUUCAACAGCAUGUCGCAGAUGAACCGCCAGACGCGCCGCCGCCGCCGCCUGCGCCGCCGCCUGGACCUCGCCUACCCGCUCACGGUCGGCUCCAUCCCCAAGUCGCAGUCGUGGCCCGUGGGCGCCAGCUCGGGCCAGCCUUGUUCGUGCCAGCAGUGCCUGCUGGUCAACAGCACUCGCGCCGCCUCCAACGCCAUCCUGGCCUCGCAGCGCCGCAAGGCGCCGCCCGCGCCCCCGCAGCCGCCGCCGCCGCCCCCGGGAGGGCCGCCGGGCGCGCUCGCGGAGACAGUGAAGUGUUUCAUAACUUAUUUGAUCCCGGAAUGCCUCUUUCCCAGAACCUUUUAUGGGGAGAAAUGUUGGAAUGGCUACAUCAUCACAGUUGGGUUUCAGGCACAGUGGCCAGUAGAAGGGAACUGUUGGACCCCAAGCUCUCGCAAGGGAGGCCAGCUGAGGAGUGGGGUCCCCGCGCUCCCAGUGAAGAACUUGAAUGGUACCGGGCCGGUCCAUCCGGCCCUGGCAGGGAUGACCGGGAUCUUGCUGUGUGCGGCGGGCCUGCCCGUGUGCCUGACGCGGGCCCCCAAGCCCAUCCUGCACCCGCCGCCCGUGAGCAAGAGCGACGUCAAGCCUGUGCCCGGCGUGCCCGGGGUGUGCCGCAAGACCAAGAAGAAGCACCUCAAGAAGAGCAAGAACCCCGAGGAUGUGGUUCGAAGGUACAUGCAGAAGGUGAAGAACCCGCCCGAUGAGGACUGCACCAUCUGCAUGGAGCGCCUGGUCACAGCAUCCGGUUACGAGGGCGUGCUUCGGCACAGGGGCGUGCGGCCCGAGCUUGUGGGCCGCCUGGGCCGCUGCGGCCACAUGUACCACCUGCUGUGCCUCGUGGCCAUGUACUCCAAUGGCAACAAGGAUGGCAGCCUGCAGUGCCCCACCUGCAAGGCCAUCUAUGGAGAGAAGACGGGCACUCAGCCGCCCGGGAAGAUGGAGUUCCACCUCAUCCCCCACUCGCUGCCGGGCUUCGCUGACACCCAGACCAUCCGCAUUGUCUACGACAUCCCCACAGGCAUCCAGGGCCCCGAGCACCCCAACCCAGGCAAGAAGUUCACCGCAAGAGGCUUCCCGCGCCACUGCUAUCUGCCCAACAACGAGAAGGGCCGGAAGGUGCUGAGGCUGCUCAUCACCGCCUGGGAGCGGAGACUCAUCUUCACCAUCGGCACAUCCAACACCACGGGCGAGUCGGACACCGUGGUAUGGAACGAGAUCCACCACAAGACCGAGUUUGGGUCCAACCUCACAGGCCACGGCUACCCGGACGCUAGCUACCUAGACAAUGUGCUGGCCGAGCUCACAGCCCAGGGCGUGUCCGAGGCUGCAGCCAAGGCCUGAGGCCCGAGGCUGCCCACCUUCCCUCCUGCUUGGCCCCCUGGUCCGGCACUUGCCUCCCUCUGCCAGGUGUGUCCUGGUGGCCCAGGUUCAGGGCUAGGGAGGAGCCUGCAGAAGGAGCCAGAAGCUUUCUGGAGAUGUGGCUGGAGGUAGUUGGAAUAUGCCGGGAGGAUGGCAGGCCAGCCAGCUCCGACUUGUAGCUCCCCGAGAGGGUGGCAGAGAGAGUACCAGGAACCACAGCAACCUCCCUACCAAAAAGACAGAGCCCCACCCCCUCAUGCAAACACACGUGUCCUGUUGAACACAUGCACGCACACCCACGUGCCUCUACUUAACCCCAGACUCGGGGGGAAGAGACAGAAGACCCCUGUGAUACCCCAUAUGGAUUCCCAUCUGUGUCUCCAUCAUCUCCGUACAGCUUGUCUGCAGACGGGAUUCAGGUCAAGCACCUGGGGCCCUGCUGGGGCUCUGAGGGGAAAAGGGCCCUUGGGAAGCUCAGCCUCCCCCCAUCUCUGUCACCCAUCUCUGCCACCCACUGAUGGGCAGUUGUGGGCCCAUGGGGUAGAAGCCCCAGAUUAGUCAGCAGGUUAGCAAAGGGGCAGGCCAGAGAGAGGGGGACCAGAGGGAUCUUAUUUUGUGCUUGUGUCUCUUCAUCCUUCUGGGACUCUGACGUCCUUCUUCUCCCCUCCCAUCCCCAGGCCUUAUGUCUGUCCCAGAUAAAGGCACUGUUCUCCUUUCCUCCCCACCCCAUCCUCUCCACCAAAUCACUCCCAAACGUCGAGAUCCAAAGGCUGGAGCUUCUGGCUUCAGGAGCAAGACGAGAAGGCCUAGCUUAGGCCAGCAGGUCUAAAAAGCAGACCGGACAGCAAAGAGUCCAUUUCCCUUUCCUUGGGAGUGGGCAGUGGGGUGGCUGAUGGUCUUGGCCAACCAGGGGCCUGUUGCCCAGGCAACUCACCAGCUCCGCCUCUGUUGAUUGGCUGCCACGGUGGAAGUCAGCCAAGAUUUAAAGGGACGCAAGAGAUUGCUCUUUUGAAAACCUACCAGUCCCACUGUGGGUGGAGAAAUAAAUGGUCUUUCUCCUCCUCA